AUGCAGAUGGAUGAUAGAAAAAAGGAUGAGGGGCAACAGAGGGAGCUCAGCGCGUGCCACGCCGAGCGCUUCCAGAUUAUCGAGCAACGGUGCAAGCAGUUCGCACAACAGCAGCAGCAGCAGCAGCAGCAGCAGCAGCAGCGGCGGCAGCAGCAGCGGCGGCAGCAGCAGCGGCGGCAGCAGCAGCGGCAGCAGCAGCAGCGGCAGCAGCGGCAGCAGCAGCGGCAGCAGCAGCGGCAGCAGCAGCGGCAGCAGCAGCGGCAGCAGCAGCAGUGCCGGCGACGCUGA